AUGACCCCAAGAACCACCCGGUCCCUGAUGGUGAUGGCGCUUGGGGGCUCCGUCACAGCUGCAGAGGACAGGGCGCUGAUGCCGGGGGAGCGAGACCAGAAGCUGCAGUAUUGGCCGUUGUGGCCAGCUCCACAAAAUCCCGCUGACGGCUGCGUUCCCACGCAGCGAGAGCCCCCGGCCGCACCGCUCUCCCUCUCCGCUGGCUUGCGAAAGCAAACGGUGCGAGACGGUCUCUGUCCCACAGGGUUUUGGGGUCCGGAUGCACCCUGGACGUCCCCCGAGCCAGGCGUGGAAGGUGCCACGUUUGGCACCGCGCUAGCUGGGGGCACCCAGAUGCUGCCUGCUUGGGUGCCUGUAGGGCGCCAGCAGGAGACAGCCGAGUCGUGUAAGGUAAACUCGGACACCGCUGGCAUCAACGUGUGUCAGGCUGUGGCACAGCUGGUCCCCGAUAGGGUGCUGAGGCCGAAGCUGUCCUCGGUGGAGGUGCUGGAGAUACGUGGCUACCGCAGCUGGGGGAGCAGCGAUAGUAAAGCCAUAGUUGAUGGAAACUUAAAGUUGAUCCUUGGCCUAAUAUGGACCCUUAUCCUCCACUACUCAAUUUCCAUGCCAGUGUGGGAAGAUGAAGGUGAUGAUGAUGCAAAGAAGCAGACCCCUAAGCAGAGACUGCUGGGGUGGAUUCAGAACAAAAUUCCUUACUUGCCAAUCACAAACUUCAAUCAAAACUGGCAGGAUGGCAAAGCACUGGGGGCUCUUGUUGACAGCUGUGCUCCAGGCCUGUGCCCUGACUGGGAAACCUGGGACCCAAACAAGCCUGUUGACAACGCGCGCGAAGCCAUGCAGCAGGCAGACGACUGGCUGGGGGUGCCGCAGGUUAUUACCCCUGAAGAAAUUAUCCACCCUGAUGUGGAUGAGCACUCUGUAAUGACUUACUUGUCGCAGUUCCCCAAAGCCAAGCUCAAACCAGGAGCUCCUUUGAAACCCAAACUGAAUCCAAAGAAAGCAAGAGCUUAUGGUAGAGGAAUUGAGCCUCAUGGAAACAUGGUGAAGCAGCCUGCUAACUUCACAGUAGACACCAUCAGUGCUGGGCAGGGAGACCUAAUGGUCUUUAUAGAGGAUCCAGAAGGAAACAGAGAAGAGGCAAAAGUGAUGCCAGCCAGUGACAAAAACAAAACCUAUUCAGUUCAGUAUGUGCCAAAGGUUACUGGACCUCACAAGGUCUCAGUCCUGUUUGCUGGACAGCACAUUUCAAAGAGUCCAUUCGAGGUGAAUGUUGAUAAAGCCCAGGGAGAUGCAAGCAAAGUAACAGCAAAGGGACCAGGACUGGAAGCAACAGGAAACAUUGCCAACAAACCUACCUACUUUGACCUCUACACAGCAGGAGCUGGUGUGGGUGAUGUGGUUGUGGAAGUGGAGGAUCCUCAAGGAAAAAACCUUGCUGAAGUUGCAAUAGAAGACAAAGGGAACCAAGUCUACCGUUGUAUCUACAAACCUGUUCAAGCUGGUCCUCACAUUGUCAGAGUGACUUUUGCUGGGGAGGCAAUUCCCAAAACUCCUUGCAAUAUUCUUGUUGGAGAGGCCUGCAAUCCAAAUGCUUGUCGUGCCACUGGUAGAGGCCUGCAACCCAAAGGUGUCCGGAUUAGGGAAACAGCAGACUUCAAGGUUGACACAAGAGCAGCAGGAAGCGGAGAUCUCGGUGUGACUAUAAAAGGACCAAAGGGCUUGGAGGAGCUUGUGAAACAAAAAGGCUUUAUGGAUGGUGUAUAUGCAUUUGAAUAUUAUCCAUCUACCCCAGGGAAGUAUGUGGUUACGAUUACAUGGGGUGGACACAACAUCCCCAAAAGCCCCUUUGAGGUUCAAGUGGGUCAUGAAGCGGGUCCUCAGAAAGUACGAGCUUGGGGGCCUGGACUUCAUGAAGGGGUUGUGGGUAAAUCGGCUGACUUCGUGGUGGAGUCCAUUGGUACAGAAGUUGGCUCUCUUGGCUUUGCUAUAGAAGGUCCUUCUCAGGCUAAAAUUGAAUGUGAUGACAAAAAUGACGGCUCAUGCGAUGUGAAGUAUUGGCCCAAAGAGCCUGGUGAAUAUGCUGUUCACAUCAUGUGUGAUGAUGAAGACAUAAAAGAUAGCCCUUACAUGGCCUUCAUCCGGCCAGCUUCAGGAGACUUCAACCCAGAUAAGGUGAAGGCUUAUGGACCAGGUUUGGAGAGGAGUGGCUGUAUAGUGAACAAUCUUGCUGAGUUCACAGUUGAAACCAAGGAAGCUGGGAAAGCUCCUCUGAAGAUGUAUGCACAGGAUGGAGAAGGAAACCCUAUUGAUAUCCAGAUAAAGAGCAGGCCUGAUGGGGUGUUUGCCUGUUCCUAUGUGCCAGUUAAACCAAUCAAACACACAAUUUCUGUUGUCUGGGGAGGAGCCAAUGUGCCCAAUAGCCCGUUUAGGGUCCUUAUAGGUCAAGGUAGUCAUCCUCAGAAAGUGAAAGUGGUUGGACCUGGCGUGGAGAGAACUGGCCUGAAAGCCAACGAGCCAACUCACUUCACUGUUGACUGCACAGAUGCAGGAGAAGGUGAUGUCAGUGUUGGAAUUAAGUGUGAUGCUCGUGUCCUCAGUGAUGAGGAAGAAGACAUAGACUUUGACAUCAUCCACAAUGCUAAUGAUACGUUCACAGUGAAGUAUGCACCACCAGCUGCUGGGCGCUACACUAUUAAAGUGCUUUUUGCAGGAGAGGAAAUUCCUGCCAGCCCUUUCAGAGUUAAAGUGGACCCCUCGCAUGAUGCAAGCAAAGUGAAAGCUGAAGGACCUGGGCUGAGCAAAACAGGCGUGGAAAAUGGCAAGCCAACACACUUCACUGUGUUCACUAAGGGAGCUGGAAAAGCGCCCUUGGAUGUACAGUUCAGCAGCCCUGUGCCAGGAGAGGCAGUGACAGACCUGGACAUCAUUGACAACUAUGACUAUUCCCACACUGUUAGAUACACUCCAGUACAGCAGGGUCCUAUGAAGGUUUUGGUGACUUAUGGUGGUGAUCCUAUCCCUAAAAGCCCUUUUACUGUGGGAGUUGCUGCUCCGCUAGACCUAAGCAAAGUUAAAGUUAAUGGACUCGAGAACAGAGUGGAGGUAGGGAAGGAUCAAGAAUUUGUAAUUGACACCAAAGGAGCUGGAGGGCAAGGUAAACUGGAUGUUAAUAUUUCCAGCCCUAUGAGGAAAGUUGUGCCGUGUUUGGUGGAACCAGUCCUAGGUAAGGAGUGCAGUACUGCAAAAUACAUCCCGAGGGAAGAAGGGCUGUACAUGGUGGACGUGAGUUACGAUGGCAAUCCAGUCCCAGGAAGCCCAUAUACUGUGGAGGCCACUCUACCUCCAGAUCCCUCCAAGGUAAAAGCUCAUGGGCCAGGUCUUCGACGGGGUCUUGUUGGAAAACCAGCAGAAUUCACAAUAGAUACCAAAGGAGCAGGAACUGGAGGCUUGGGUUUGACAGUAGAAGGGCCAUGUGAAGCUAAAAUUGAAUGUUCGGACAACGGUGAUGGAACCUGCUCAGUCUCCUAUCUGCCUACAAAGCCGGGAGAGUAUUUUGUAAACAUUCUCUUUGAAGAGGUUCACAUUCCUGGUUCGCCUUUUAAAGCAGACAUUGAAAUGCCAUUUGACGCGUCUAAAGUAAUUGCUACGGGCCCAGGUCUUGAGCAUGGCAAAGUAGGAGAGGCAGGCCUGCUGAAUGUUGACUGUACGGAGGCUGGUCCUGGAGACCUGCGGGUGGAUAUGGCGUCAGAUUCUGGUUCGAAAGCUGAAGUCCAGAUUGAGGAUCACAAAGAUGGGACGUAUACCGUUACGUACGUGCCGCUCUCGGCUGGAAUGUACACAAUCAAGAUGAGAUACGGAGGAGAGCAAGUACCUAAGUUCCCUGCCCGCGUCAAAGUGGAGCCAGCUGUGGACACAAGCAGAGUUAAAGUGUUUGGGCCAGGAGUAGAAGGGAAAGAUGUUUUCCGAGAAGCUACAACUGACUUCACUGUAGAUGCUCGACCCCUGACGAAGGCUGGCGGUGACCACAUCAGAACGCAGAUCAUGAGCCCGUCUGGCUCUCCGGCAGACUGCCACAUCAGAGACAAUGCUGAUGGAACGUAUGCAGUGGAGUACACGCCGUUUGAAAAGGGUGCACACACAGUCAGCGUAACAUAUGAUGAUGUACCUGUGCCAAACAGCCCUUUUAGAGUAAAUGUGACCGAGGGCUGCCAUCCGUCACGUGUAAGGGCACAAGGACCUGGACUCAAAGAAGCUUUCACCAAUCAGCCAAAUGCAUUUUCAGUUGUCACCAGAGGGGCAGGAAUUGGUGGACUUGGAAUAACUGUUGAGGGACCUUCAGAAUCUAAAAUUAGCUGUAAAGAUAACAAAGAUGGCAGCUGCAGCGCUGAAUAUGUUCCUUACGUUCCAGGAGACUAUGAUGUCAAUAUCACAUAUGGGGGGGAGCAUAUUCCUGGCAGUCCUUUCAAGGUUCCUGUGAAGGAUGUUGUGGAUCCUAGCAAGGUGAAGAUUUCCGGACCUGGUCUGGGAACAGCUGUUCGAGCCAAAAUCCCACAGUCCUUUACUGUAGACACCAGCAAGGCAGGAAUAGCACCCCUCGAGGUGGUGGUAGCAGGACCCAGAGGAAUUGUGGAGCCUGUUAAUGUGGUAGACAAUGGAGAUGGCACGCACACGGUGGUGUACACCCCUACGCAGGAGGGACCGUAUAUGAUCUCUAUCAAAUAUGCUGAUGAAGAGAUUCCUCGCAGUCCCUUCAAGGUGAAGGUGCUUCCUACGUAUGAUGCCAGUAAGGUGACAGCAAGUGGACCCGGCCUCAGUUCCUAUGGCAUUCCAGCGAGCCUGCCGGUGGAGUUUGCUGUCGACGCUAAAGAUGCCGGGCAGGGGCUUCUUGCUGUACAGAUAACUGACCAAGAGGGCAAACCCAAGAGAGUGGAUGUCCAUGACAACAAAGAUGGCACUUACACAGUGACCUACGUCCCGGACAAAACAGGCCGCUAUACAAUUGGGGUGAAGUACGGCGGAGAUGAUAUCCCAUCUUCUCCCUACCGUAUUCGGGCAUCUCCAGCUGGGGAUGCCAGCAAGUGUUUGGCUACAGGUCCUGGAAUUGCACCCACAGUGAAAACUGGUGAGGAGGUUGGUUUUGUGGUAGAUGCCAAAUCAGCAGGGAAGGGGAAGGUGACGUGCACCGUCCUGACGCCAGAUGGGACAGAAGCUGAAGCAGAUGUGGUUGAAAAUGAGGACGGGACUUACGAUAUCUUCUACACUGCUGCCAAACCAGGAACCUAUGUGAUUUAUGUCCGCUUUGGCGGUGUGGACAUUCCCAACAGUCCUUUCACUGUAAUGGCUGUAGAUGCAGAUGAUGCUGCAGCGCUGUCGCAGGAGCCACUAGGCGCGUGCCCCCCUGGAUUCCGCCCUUGGGUUACGGAAGAGGCUUACGUCCCGGUUGGAGACAUGAAUGGCAUGGGAUUCAGGCCUUUUGAUAUGGUUAUUCCUUUUGCUGUCAGGAAAGGAGAAAUUACAGGUGAAGUACACAUGCCUUCUGGAAAGACUGAUACACCAGAUAUUGUGGAUAACAAGGAUGGCACAGUAACAGUGAGAUAUGCUCCCACUGAAGUUGGACUGCAUGAAAUGCACAUAAAAUAUAUGGGAAAGCACAUUCCAGAGAGCCCUCUGCAAUUCUAUGUGAAUUAUCCAAACAGUGGAAGUGUGUCUGCUUAUGGGCCUGGCCUCAUUUACGGUGUUGCCAAUAAACCAGCAACUUUUACCAUUGUAACAGAAGAUGCCGGAGAGGGUGGACUGGAUUUGGCUAUUGAAGGACCUUCAAAAGCAGAGAUUAGCUGCAUUGAUAACAAAGAUGGAACAUGCACAGUCACGUACCUGCCCACUCUGCCUGGGGACUACAGCAUACUAGUCAAGUACAACGACAAGCACAUCCCAGGCAGUCCGUUCACAGCCAAGAUCACAGAUGAUAGCAGAAGACGGUCCCAAGUUAAGCUUGGUUCUGCUGCUGACUUUUUAUUGGACAUUAACGAGACUGAUCUCAGUCUCCUAACAGCUAGCAUUAAAGCCCCAUCAGGCCGUGAUGAGCCAUGUCUUCUGAAGAGGCUACCCAAUAACCACAUUGGCAUCUCGUUCAUUCCACGGGAAGUAGGAGAACAUCUGGUUAGCAUCAAGAAAAAUGGGAGCCAUGUACCUAACAGCCCUGUGACAAUCAUGGUAGUCCAAUCUGAGAUAGGAGAUGCCAGACGAGCAAGAGUUUCUGGACGUGGCUUGAUAGAAGGACGAACCUUUGAGAUGUGUGACUUCAUUGUUGACACAAGAGACGCAGGUUAUGGUGGGAUCUCACUGGCAGUUGAAGGACCCAGCAAGGUAGACAUCCAGACUGAGGACCUAGAAGAUGGAACUUGCAAAGUGUCCUAUUUCCCAACUGUACCUGGCGUGUACAUUGUGUCCACUAAAUUUGCAGAUGAACAUAUUCCAGGCAGCCCUUUUACUGUGAAGAUAAGUGGUGAAGGAAGAGUUAAGGAGAGUAUCACACGAACAAGACGGGCUCCCUCUGUUGCAACAGUUGGAAGCAUAUGUGACCUGAACUUAAAAAUCCCAGAAAUUGAUUGCAGGGAUAUGACAGCCCAGGUAACUAGUCCCUCUGGAAGAACCUCUGAUGCAGAAAUAGUAGAAGCUGACAAAAAUACCUAUUGCGUCCGCUUUGUGCCACAAGAAAUGGGGGUCCACACUGUGGAUGUCAAGUACAGAGGGCAGCCUGUGCCGGGCAGCCCCUUCCAGUUCACCGUGGGGCCACUUGGUGAGGGGGGAGCCCAUAAAGUAAGAGCUGGAGGCCCAGGGCUCGAGCGUGGAGAGACAGGCAUCCCAGCCGAGUUCAGUAUAUGGACAAGAGAAGCUGGAGCUGGAGGAUUGUCUAUUGCCGUAGAAGGCCCAAGUAAAGCAGAAAUUGCCUUUGAGGACCAUAAAGAUGGGUCUUGUGGUGUAUCAUACAUCGUUCAAGAGCCAGGCAACUAUGAGGUGUCCAUAAAGUUCAAUGAUGAGCACAUUCCAGACAGCCCCUACCUGGUUCCUGUCAUCGCCCCGUCAGACGAUGCUCGCAGGCUCACUGUCACUAGCCUUCAGGAGUCUGGAUUAAAAGUUAAUCAGCCAGCAUCCUUUGCUAUAAGGCUGAACGGGGCAAAGGGCAAGAUUGAUGCUAAAGUCCACAGCCCUUCCGGAGCUGUCGAAGAGUGCCAUGUGUCUGAACUGGAGCCAGAUAAGUAUGCUGUUCGGUUCAUCCCCCAUGAAAAUGGCAUUCACUCAAUUGACGUGAAAUUUAACGGAAGCCACGUAGUGGGCAGCCCUUUCAGGGUUCGUGUUGGUGAGCCUGGGCAGGCGGGCAAUCCCGCGCUCGUCACUGCCUACGGACCCGGCCUGGAGAGCGGCACCACAGGAUUACAGUCGGAGUUUUUCAUAAACACGACCAAGGCUGGUCCAGGUACCCUCUCUGUUACAAUUGAAGGGCCAUCAAAGGUGAAAAUGGACUGCCAGGAAACUCCAGAAGGUUACAAAGUCAUGUACACACCCAUGGCUCCAGGAAACUAUUUAAUUGGAAUUAAAUAUGGUGGACCUAACCACAUAGUGGGCAGCCCCUUCAAGGCAAAGGUUACAGGACAGCGACUGGUUAGCCCAGGCAGCGCAAACGAAACAUCUUCAAUCAUGGUAGAAUCGGUGACAAGGUCGACAACUGAAACUUGCUAUAGCGCCAUUCCCAAAUCCACCUCGGAUGCUAGCAAGGUGGUUUCCAGAGGAGCUGGGCUCUCAAAGGCUUUUGUGGGUCAGAAAAGCACCUUCUCUGUGGACUGCAGCAAAGCAGGUUCAAAUAUGUUGUUAGUUGGUGUCCAUGGGCCUACAAUACCAUGCGAAGAAGUAUCUGUGAAGCAUUUGGGAAACCAUCAGUACAACGUAACGUAUGUCGUCAAGGAAAAGGGUGACUAUAUUCUGGCAGUGAAAUGGGGUGACGAACACAUCCCUGGAAGUCCCUUUCAUGUCACUGUUCCUUAAACCCGCCUAGUGUCAGCAUCAAUCUUUGCGUUUGCAAUUCAGACUUAAGCGUUAUACCGGGUGCAGUCCUGUUGCAAAAUGCAGUAUCUAGAUACACACGGCUCACAUUUCAAUACACUCAGAACUAAAUUCUGUAACUUUAUUUUUUACAAGCAUUUCACUUCUAUCCUAAUUAUCAACAUAUUGUAAAUCUAUUUAAUAUUCUCUUCAAAAUUAUACCUUUGCAGUACUGUCUGGGUCACUGUCGAUGUUUGGAGAAUCAUGUGGAUAACUAGACACUAAUUUCCCUAGCGGAUGUUAAAGACUUUAGAUGUUAAUUGAAAACUGGAAUUUGUCUUUGUAAUUGGGUAUCCUAACUACUGAUUUUAUUUGACUGGAGACUUUAGAUUUUAGUUAUGGAAUAUGACUUGGGCUGUCCCCAGUUCAAAUUCUUUUCUGUAAAGAAAUGAGGUAAAACUGGUACUAUAAUAGGUGCCUUUGUAUACUUGAUCAAUUUUAAUGCUUAACAUUAUAAAAAGCUACUAAAAGUGGCUUUACCACUCAAAUUUAAAACAUUUUUGAAAAUGCUUUGCUAAUGGUUUACAUUUAGGAAAAGUUUGUCUUUUAUAGCGGACCAAAAGCAGACUGAAAAUUACUUCCUGGUAGCUUUCAGCCUUUCUAUGUUAACGCUUUGUAAGUCUAUACAGGUAGCUUUUUGGCCAUGGACGCUAGUAAUGUGUUUUUUUAAUUAGCUUGGGAUACUGGUGAAACUUAUGUAACUUUGCUUUACAGGUAACUCCCCACACUCUUCUUGAUUUAUUUGCUUUUUAAGAACAGACUCCAGUUUGGUUGGGUUUAAUAAAGCCUGUAACUUGUCAAGCCAGGUAUAGCUCUCAUCUGACUGACAGAAAAUUUGUGCAGGUCAGAGAAUGGCAGUUCAUUGGGGAAAAUGGUCUGCAGUUUCCCCCGAGGCUGCCAGGCGGGCAAGGAGCUGAGGUGAUGGUGCAGAGCUGCCCCGGGGGUGGAAACCCCAUCUGUCGUCGGGUAUCGCGGGGAGGGCGGGUGCGUGAAUCCACCACUAACACCACUACGAGUCAACGAACCCUUGGUUGAUGCAAGUCACUUUAUCGUAUCCAAGUCCAAGGACUGGAGCGAAGCCUGCUCGUCGCCCUCCUGAAAUCCCCUUCCGCUGCGCAGGGGCUUCCCGCUGAGGGGCGAGGAGCAAAAACUUCCGUCGUGGCUCUUAGGUUUGUCCCGAAUUGCUCAAUGCUACGUUCCAAGCGCGCAUCUGAAUUGCUGUCAGCUGCUGGGGCUUUAGUAAAACCCUCCAAACGAGCUUUAACUCUGAUUAGGAGAAACUAGGAUUUGUUGAGAACCUGUUGCAACUUUGCUGUCUGCCCCUAUGGAGAAGUUCACGCUUACAGUUCUGUAGUUGUGUGUUGAUGCACUACCCUUGAGCACAGUUGACUUUUUUUUUGUUUGUUUGUUUUGGUUUUUUUUUUUUUUACUGUGCUGUUCUGUGCCUUAAUGUGAAAUGCUCACUACAUUGUAAACUAGGAAUUAAAAACAAAAUAAACUGGAAUAAAAUGCAGGAUUGUAAAAUUGUAUCUUAUAACUUAUUAAAUAGAAAUGUUUGCUUCAUUAAAAUGUGCAUGUUAAAAACA